GAGGGGAUCGAGGGGACCGUCGGUCCAGGAUCGAGGGCCGACCAAGAGGCCCCCCACUGGCGCGCGGGCGGCGCCGCGCAGCCGCCACCGCAGCCACCGCCGCCUCCGUCGGUCGUCGUCGUCCCCAUCGGGUGCCGCCACUCGCCCCUCGACCUGCCCCCGCUGGCCGACCCGGCUGGCGGCGGACGCGCCGGCGCCCAGCUGGGCCGCGGCGCGGCGGGCUGGCGAGAGGGGAAGAGAAGGAACACCGGCUCGCCCGUGCGGCGCCGGCGCACAGGAGGAGCUCCGCGCACUACUGGGGAGCACGAGCGGCUGCGCGGGGGUCGGCCCAGAGAGGCGGCGGCGCGCCCGGAGAGGCGCGGCACCUCGGAGAGCACGGCUCGGGAGGUGCGCGGCACCUCGGGGCGACCCCCUGCGGCGAAAAAAGCGGGCGCCCAGUAAUGUGCGCUGCCCGGCGAAAACUUCCCAGCUCACUGGAGCGAGUGGUCGGCGGGAGGGCGCGCCGCGGGGGGGGGGGCCACGGGAAGGAGCGGGAAGCGAGGACAUUCCGUCGGGAUCGCGACGCGAGGGGGCGAGGGAUGGGGGGAGGAGGCCCGCCU